AUGCACUUCGCCACGUCAGCCACCCAAAUCAUUGUCGGGCUCGCCCUGACGGCCCUCCCCGUCGCACAGGGCGCCAUCUCCAUCGGCAACCAGAUCCGCGAGGGCGGCACGCACUUCAACGUCGCCUGGAUCGAGGGCCUGAGCCCCUGCACCACUGACGUCUCCAUCGCGCCCGAGAGCGCGAGCGUCUGCAACCGCAACUUCCGCCUCGACGGCACCGACUACUACCUGGUCGGCUGCUCCGGCGGCAAGCCGUACGCGCAGAACCCCAAGCGACUCCGCCGCGUCAAGGACAACUCUCUGUACGGCACUUGCUCCGCCGUUUCCAAGAAGGAGAUUGACUGCAAGGGAAACACCCACAACGUCGUGAAGCGCUACGUCUGCGGCUAA